CUCAAGGGUGAAUCAGUGAAUCAAGUUAUAUACAUCAUUCGGUGUCAGGAUGUAAUGUCGCAAACGAAUUAUAUAUAUUUCACGCUUUAGAAAUCGAUUUAACACCUCAUUAGGUUACGCUUACGCGUGUGGAAUCCACCUGCAUUGGUUCACAAAAUUAACUCUUACUUCUUGACAAAAUAAAUUUAUGGUUUAUAAAAAAUGAGUGGUGAUACCGGUCAAUAUAAUCAAGACACAGGUCUGGCAUCCCCAGAAAGUGAAGCAUCUAGCAGGACUACAAGUAGAAGGCCGACACAAUCUGGAUCAAAUUUGACUUCUGAUAAGCCCAGGCCUCCAUGGAAAAACACUACUCCAACCCCAAAACUGCUGGAAGCGACAAGAAAAGUUUUGAAGGCAUCAAAAAAAGGAAAAACCAAUUCCCUCAGCACACAAACAGAACCUGAACCCUGUAGAAGAGUGAAGGAUGUUUGCGUUCAGACUUAUGGGAUGCCACCAAUUGUGAGAAAACUUAUACAGCCAAAAUACUACCGAAAACAAAUUUAUCCAGUAUAUUAUGAUGUCAAUUAUGAAUUUGACACAAGGACUCAAAAUAUCAUUUGUGAUCUUUUAAAAGAAGUAACAGAUCUUUUGAAAAGUUUUGAUAAAGUUGCAACAAUGUUUUAUCAUUCAUCUAAAGAUGAUUGUAUUUCUGAAACAAAUUGUAGUAUUUCAACACCGAUAAAUUUGGAAGAAAAGCUUAUGGAGUCUUGUAGACAAUUAAGCGAGUGUAUUAAGAGAUCCGAAACAGCUUCAGAAAUUUGAAGAAAAUGUUUAUUGGUUACAAAGUAAGCCCUUUUUAUUUUAUUUUAUCUAAAUGUUAAGGACUUUUUUUUUCUAAAUAGCUUUAGGUGCAAUUCUCUUUGCUGUUACC